AUGGGCGACGGUAAUCACUUACCAUCGAUAUAUUUUGAAGACGAUUUUUACAAAGAACAUGGCACUGAUUAUCGUUACUUAUACAACGUGCCGCAAAUGCUGAUGUUCUUCUUGCAUUAUCAAAUGAUGAUGAUGCUGUGUACUAGUGUUUGUACGGAAGCAGGAUUUGGAGUCUACCCAGCAAAAUGCGAACCACUGCCGGGAUACGGGCCGUCAACGAAAAUAAGUGUUAUGAAAAUGGCCCUAGGUAACCAUAAAAUUGCUCUAGAGCAAGAAUACAAUUUUGCUAUGCUCAAGUGUUUUGACAACACUAAAUUGAUUAAAGGCCCCAUGAUGAAGGACACUUUAAGGGGCUGGGAUAUGCCAACCAGAUAUUGGUUUUGGUCUAACAUAUAUAAAAACUUAAUAAAAGCAAAUAAAGAAGUGAGAUGAAGUCAGCCUGGGAUAUCGGGUUUUCAAUGAUGCGCCUGUUUUGUCUCGUCUAUCUGACUCCCUGUUUCACUAUCAGCGAUACGGAAACUAUGUUUAGAUAUUAUAAUUCUAUGUUUUGGAUGUUCCAUUUUAUUCUGUUAAUAUUAAUAGUAGGCGUCAUAGUAGCUAACAAGACUAAAGAGACGUCAAGGUUAAACAGUUUUUUCUAAGUAACACAAUUUUGUUAAUGUGUAAUUUUUUGUGAAAACCGCAAAUGUAUGUUUUUUUUUUAAUAAUUUUUAAGUUUGUUAUAAUUUUGUGUUGCUUCUUUUUAUUCAUACAAUUAAAAACAAUUUCUAACCAAAAACAUUUAUUUUGGUAAGUACAUACCUAUAAUAAUACGUAUAAAACAGUAACAUUUUUUAUUGAAUUACAGUAGAUAUAACAAGCGCACUAACAUUUAUUGCAAAGUCUUUGGAUUUA